AUGGAACUCAACCGAGAACAUUUUCGCGCCAUAAUUUAUUACAACUUUCAGAGACAAUUAUCGCAACAAGAAUGCCCUGCUGAGUUAAUGUCUCUUUUCGGCAACGAAGCGCCACAUCAGUCGACAAUUUCCCGUUGGUAUGAAGAAUUCAAACGUGGCCGGGUGAGUCUUAGCGACGAUCCCAAGGAAAACGCCGAUGCUGUGCGCAAACUCAUCAUUGAAUAUAGACAUGUGACAUAUGGCGAGAUUGAGGCGUUCUUAAAGAUCUCAAAGACCUCAAUUAAAAAAAUUUUACAUGAAGAAUUAGGAAUAAGGAAAUUAGUUUCUCGUUUUGUACCCCACCUGUUGACUGAAGAGCAGAAAGCAGCCAGGGUCAAUUGGUGUCAAAAAACACUUGACCGCCUCGAUUCCGGAAACUCAAAAAAUGUGUACAUCAUUGUUAGUGGUGAUGAAUCGUGGAUUUAUUGUGAAGAAAAGCUAACAAAAGUCAUCUGUUCUCGAAGUGUUUCGAAAAAGAUGGUCGCGACAUUUAUGUCAACAGCGGGUCAUAUUGCAACAAUUCCUCUUAAUGAGCAAAAAACUGUUACUGCGGAUUGGUAUACCGCCAUUUGUUUGCCAAAAGUCAUCACCGAGCUUCGAAAAAUCAACCCCGAAAAAAGAAUCAUCCCCCACCAAGACAAUGCAAGCUGGCACACAGCCCAAAAAACAAGGCAGUAUUUAACGGAAGAAAACGUGGAAUUAUUGGACCAUCCUCCAUAUAGUCCUAACAAUUUCUGUGCUUUCCCGAAAAUUAAAACAUCACCAGAAGAAGCAAUUGACGCAUUCAAAAAUGCCCAUUUGGAUCUGCCAGCAAACGAGUGGAAUAAGUGCUUCGAAAAUUGGUUCGAGCGCUUGCUGAUGUGUAUUAAUCUUCGUGGAGAAUACUUCGAAAAACAAUAA